UGACAUUUGAGCUAAAAUUUGGCGCGGUUUUCUAGACUCAUUGAAUAGUUUACAAAAAAGUAGUUUUUGUUAGUUAUUUUUUCUUUUAAUUUAAAUAAAAUAUUAUAAAAUUCUAUAAAAACACUAAAAAUGAAGUGUAAAAUUCCCGAAAUAUCAUGGCAUAAUCGCGAUCCUGUACUAAGUGUUGAUAUACAACCCACAACAAAUGCCAGCAAUAAUUACUAUCGUCUAGCAUCGGGAGGUACUGAUGCUCAUGUUUUAAUUUGGUACAUGAAAUCCACUUCUUCGGGAGAACAUGGUGAUAUAGAAUUGGAUUUGGCGGCUGAUUUAACACGGCAUCAAAGAGCAGUUAAUGUAGUUAAAUGGUCACCCAAUGGUGAACUGUUGGCAUCGGGUGAUGAUGAAAGUGUUGUUUUCAUAUGGAAAUUAAAGUCAGACAGUGAACCUUUGAAUAUUUUAGAUCCUACAAAUGAACAAGAUAAAGAAGUUUGGAUUACUUUGAAAGUGUUGCGCGGUCAUAUGGAAGAUAUAUAUGAUUUAAGUUGGUCUCCCAAUUCCUUGUUUUUAGUAUCGGGCUCAGUUGAUAACUCAGCCAUGGUAUGGGAUGUGCAGAAAGGUAAAUCAAUGGCAAUUUUAAAUGAUCACAAAGGUUUUGUUCAAGGUGUGGCCUGGGAUCCUAAAAAUCAAUAUAUCGCCACAUUAAGUACCGAUAGGUAUUUGCGUAUAUUUGAUAUACAAUCGAAAAAAGUGCUUUAUCGUGUUAGCAAAGGUACCUUACCCGUACCGGAAGACAAUAACCUACAUGGCAAACGUAUGCGUCUAUUUCAUGAUGAUACUCUACAGACAUUUUUCCGCCGUUUAAGUUUUACACCAGAUGGUAAAUUAUUACUUACACCCGCUGGUGUUACAGAUUAUGAUGGUUGUACUAGACCCUUAAAUACCACAUAUGCCUUUAGUCGUUAUGGUUUUCGCCAACCGGCCAUAGUUUUGCCAUGUCCCGAUCAGUACACUGUAGCGGUUAAAUGUUGUCCAUUAUUAUUUAAAUUACGUCCUUUUAAUGCCGACAAAAAUCCACCUGUUGUGCCUUUACCCUAUCGUAUGAUAUUUGCAGUAGCCACCAAGAGUUCAGUAUAUUUUUAUGACACCCAACAAAAACAACCAUUUGCUCUUAUAUCGAAUAUACAUUACACACGUUUGACCGAUAUAACCUGGUCGAAUGAUGGUCGUAUUGUUGUGGUCUCCAGUACAGAUGGCUUUUGUUCACUAAUUACUUUUGAAGAAGGUGAAUUGGGUGAGGAAUAUGAAAAUUCUGAAGCAGCGCUGGAAGCUGCAUUGGCACAGGUUACUAAAAAAACAAAAAAGCAAAAGGAUAAUGAAACUUUAACAAAGUCAAGAAAACCUUCGACCGAUGAUAGCGCCGCAACAAGAGAAAACGUUAGUGCUGCAAAGGAAUCACAGUUGGAGAAAGUAGUAGAAGAAGACAAGAAAUCCAUAACAGGCAAGUCUGAAGAAUGUAAGAAAGAAGAAAAGCCCAGAGAAGACAAUCAAAAAGCAAUGCCAAUAGAAAUUAAGAGAAAACCCAGUACAACAGAGUCUGAAAGCAAGGAGGAAUCGAAUAAGCCGCAACCCAUAGCUAUAAAACGUAAAACAGAAUCUACAACAACUAAUAAUGAAGAACAAUUGAAAUCAGAACAAAAGGCAAACCCCAUAGCUAUUAAACGCAAACCUGGUCCUAUUACUGAUGACAACAAAAAGGAAACUAAUAAAGCGCAUCCUAUAGCUAUAAAACGCAAGCCAGGACCGGUUGAUGAAGAAAAAACCGAACAAAAGGCUACACCUAUAGCAAUCAAACGCAAACCUGGUCUAGUUACCGACAACGAAGACAAUACAGAAACUACUACAAAACCAGCAGAGGAAACAACCCCGCCCAAAAAGGCCGUCAUAGCAAAAGUUCUAGCGGCUGAUAUUAUUAUAGAUAAAGAAAUUCUAAGUUCAGAUGAAAAAUUUGAAUCUCCCGAAAAGAAGAGUCGUCCAGCUACACCCAUAACAAUAAGAAGACAUCCACGGACACCCAGUAGUUUGCCACAAACACCCACUUCUAUGUCAAAUAUAUUAAAAAACCAAAAGGAUCAUAGCAAUCAAUCGCCCAUAUCAUCUUUACCCAAAGAGAACAAUAAUACACCGCGUCAAGAUAAAAGAGCUAAACCUAUAGCUGUUAGAAAAACACCACGAGCUAUUAUAACCACACCAUCAGUUGUUAACACUACCUCUUUGGUAGAAGAAGCCAUGGAUGCUUGGCCUUUAAAUAAAGAAACGAAUACGGAAACCACUAAAGAAACACAAUCAGAAAUUAGCUCUAAGGAACCACCCAAAGAAGCUGGCAUAACACCUUUGGCGGUAAGUGAUACCACUUGUGAACGUACCGAAGAUAUACGUUUGGUUUAUGAGGAAACAAAUGAAGAAGCACCGAUUAAGGACACAUUACCAAAACCUUUAGACAUUUCGGAAAAUAAAACAGAAACUUUGGAGAAAAAACCCGAAGAUACUCCAAAACCACAGACGCCAGGUGGAAAUAAAACUCCUAGGCGUGUAGCCUUAAAAACUAUUUCGACACCUAAAUCAAAAAAGAAAUUAUUAGAUUAAUAAUAAUAAUAUUAUUGUGAGCGGGUUUUUUAAAGUUAAACAUUUUGUACUGGAAAAUUACUAAUUUAGCAGCGUAUUACAAUUUUUUUGUUUGUUCUUAUUUAAAAAAGAAGUAUUUAGUUUUGAUAAUAAAGUAUUUGAAUCAUGAUUUGUUAAUAACAAAA